AUGAGUCCCGCGGGCUGCCCCCAUGUCAACUGCUUCAAAGUGGACAACUGGAAGCAGAACCUGAGGGCUAUUUAUCAGUGUUUCGUAUGGAGCGGUUCGGCCGAGACCAGGAAACGCAAGGCCAAGUCGUGCAUCUGCCACAUGUGCGGCGCUCACCUCAGCAGACUCCACUCCUGCCUUUACUGCGUCUUCUUCGCUUGCUUUGCCAAAAAACACAUCCAUGAGCACGCCAAGAGCAAACGACAUAACUUAGCCAUUGACUUGCUCUAUGGGGGGAUUUACUGCUUCAUGUGCCAAGACUACAUUUACGACAAAGACAUGGAACAGAUUGCCAAAGAGGAACAAAGGAAAGCCUGGAAAAUGCAAGGUCUGAAAGCAUUUGAACUCAAAUUGGAUGUGUGUGUGGUUGCAGGAAUUGGUGAGAAGUACUCAACAUGGGAACCCACCAAGAGGGAGCUGGAGCUUCUCCGCCACAAUCCCAAGAGGAGGCGAAUCACCUCCAACUGUACUAUUGGUCUACGUGGUCUGAUCAACCUUGGCAACACGUGCUUUAUGAACUGCAUAGUCCAGGCACUCACGCACACGCCGCUACUGCGGGACUUUUUUCUGUCUGACCGACACAAAUGUGAAAUGCAAAGCAACUCCUGCUUAGUGUGUGAGAUGUCACAGCUUUUCCAAGAGUUUUACUCAGGCCAUCGUUCACCACACAUCCCGUUCCGUCUGCUCCACCUGGUGUGGACUCAUGCCCGUCACCUGGCCGGCUAUGAGCAGCAGGACGCACACGAGUUCCUCAUCGCCGCACUGGACGUACUGCACAGACACUGCAAAGAUGAUAACGGGAAAAAAGCCAACAACCCAAACCAUUGUAACUGCAUCAUUGACCAAAUCUUCACGGGGGGCCUGCAGUCUGAUGUCACCUGUCAAGUCUGCCACGGUGUCUCAACAACCAUCGACCCAUUCUGGGACAUCAGCCUGGACCUGCCAGGAUCCUCCACUCCUUUCUGGCCGCUGAGUCCGGGGGGAGAUGGCUCGACACUAAACGGAGAGAGUCACGCCACUGGAGCCACAACACUGACAGACUGCCUACGAAGGUUCACCAGACCAGAGCACCUCGGCAGUAGCGCUAAGAUCAAGUGCAGCGGUUGCCACAGUUACCAGGAGUCUACCAAGCAACUGACCAUGAAGAAGUUGCCCAUCGUGGCUUGCUUUCACCUCAAAAGAUUUGAGCAUUCUGCCAAACUACGGAGGAAGAUCACGACGUACGUCUCUUUCCCCUUGGAGUUGGACAUGACGCCAUUUAUGGCCUCCAGUAAAGAGAGCAGGAUGAACGGCCAGUACCAGCAGACCGUGGAGCCCUUCAACAACGACAACAAAUACAGCCUCUUUGCUGUGGUUAACCACCAGGGAACACUAGAGAGCGGCCACUAUACCACCUUCAUCAGACAGCACAAGGACCAGUGGUUUAAAUGUGACGACGCCAUCAUCACCAAGGCCAGCAUUGAAGCGGUGCUGGACAGUGAAGGGUACCUUUUAUUUUACCAUAAACAGUUCCUAGAGUACGAAUAG